AUGUGUCCUAAAAUUCAAGCAAGAUUUGAAUUUUGUGCCAUUUGUGCGGAAGAAUACGUAGCGGAAAAUAUAAAAUGGACUCCGAUAGAGUACUUUAAUAACGCGGUUGUCGUCGAACUUUUGGAAGGUAAACGACCACCAGGAUUGUUUUUGAUACUCGACGAUGUCUGUGCCACUCUUCAUGGUGGCAGCACUGGUGCGGAUGCAGAUUUGCAAAAGAAACUUGAAGUUGCGUCUGGUAAACACGAACACUUCGAAAGCACAACAGAAGGAUUUGCUAUAUACCAUUAUGCCGGAGUUGUCUCUUAUUCUGUUGAUGGAUUUUGUGAUAAAAAUCGCGAUGUGCUUUUCACAGACCUCGUGGAACUAAUGCAAACAAGCACUAAUUCUUUGGUCCACAAGUUAUAUUCGCAAGAAGUCCAAGCAAGCAAAACGAAAACGCUUAGAUCCAGACCCACUACUGCUGGUAACAAGAUAAGGAAUCAAGCGAGUCGAUUGGUUAAUCAAUUGAUGAAAUGUACACCACAUUACAUUAGAUGUAUAAAGCCAAAUGAGACAAAAAGACCUCGAGACUGGGAUUCAGUUAGAGUAAAGCAUCAGGUAGAAUAUUUAGGUUUGAAGGAAAAUAUCAGAGUACGUAGAGCUGGUUUCGCGUACAGAAGGCCGUUCAUCAAAUUUUUACAAAGGUAUGGAAUUCUCACGAAAGAAACCUGGCCACAAUGGUCAGGAGAUGGCAAACAGGGUGUCGAAUGGAUAUUAAGAAGCCUUCAUAUCGAUCGAUCUCAAUAUCAACUAGGAAAAACGAAAUUGUUUAUCAAAGCUCCCGAAAGUCUUUUCAUGUUGGAAGAAGCAAGAGAUCAGAAAUACAAUAUGUACGCUAGAGUAAUCCAAAAAGCGUUUAAGAAAUAUUUCGCUCGAAAGAGGCAGGAACAAGAAAAACAAGAAGCAGCUGAUUUGUUAUUUGGUCGUAAAGAACGUAGACGAGCUAGUUUAAACAGAAAUUUUAUGGGUGACUACAUUGGGUUAGAAGGCAAACGUCAAAUAUUAAACUUAAUUGGAAGAAAAGAAAAAGUUUUCUUUGCUGAGGUUGUAAAGAAAUAUGACAGAAGGUUUAAGAUGAGCAGAAGAAAUCUUAUUCUUACCAAUAAACAUUUAUAUCUUAUUGGUCAAGAAGAAAUGAAAAAGGAUUCAGAGAAAGGAAAACUGAUAGAUGUUAUAAAACGAAAACUUUCAUUCAAUCAAAUUAGUCAUAUAUCGUUAAGCCCUCUUCAGGAUGGCUUUCUCAUUAUCCAUGUAAGAGAAGACUAUGGUAGUUUACUCGAGUUAACGUUCAAAACAGAAUUCUUAAUUGCUCUUAGUAAAAGAUACGUCGAAGAAACUGGGCAUAUUUUGAACAUCAAAUUUAGUAACAUGAUAGAAUUUAAAGUUAAAAAAGAAGGAUGGGGAAGUGGAGGUACGAGACAAAUACACUUCACACAAAUUGAAUAUGGUAACAAAGAAAUUCUGAAGCCAAGUGGAAAAGUCCUGCACGUUUGGAUUGGUCCAGGAUUACCGUGUACUACCAAACCAAAUAUUACUAAAUCAACGCCACUAGGGAAUCAACAAUUCAACAUGAUGAAAAACACUCGUACUCGUUCACCAGCUAUUUUGCAGCCAGUUCCAAACAACCCGAUUCAGGCAAACCAUCGACCAAUUACAGAACGAAAUCAAAAUUCACAUUUGAAAAUUGAUCACACGCUAUCUUCCAAACCAACCACGAUAUCCGAGAGACCUAAGUUACAACCACCUGUAAUUCCAAAAAUGUCAACCGAUUCUUCGAGCACUUUACAUAUGUCUACGCAAGCAAAAGAGAAAACACAAGUAUCAAGACAGCCGAAAAAAAUAGAAAAAAAUUCUAUGCCUCUAAUGGGCAUGUUUACUAAUCCAAACGGCGUUCCACGUGGUCUACUGAAAUUUCCACCGCCUCCAACUGAACCACCACCACCGCACAUACCAUCUGUUCGGCCUGGCUUCAACUUUUCGACGAUUAAUGGCAACGAUUGUAUUAACGAUAAAAUUGUAAAAUAUAACAAGGAAAUGCAAACAGUUAAAGAAUGGAAUAUCGAAAAAGUAGUAAAUAAAGCUGAAGAUCAUACUCAUCAGGCUCGUCUCAUACCGAACAAUAAAACACUGCCAAAUAAUAAACCACGUCCACAGAAACCAGCACUGCCUAUUUUACCUAAAGCUAAAGCACUAUACGAUUAUAGUCCUCAAGAUCACGAUGAGAUAGCACUUAAAGAAGGUGAUAUUAUUGAAAUACUUAAAGAACACGAAGGUGGUUGGUGGCACGGCAGAUUAAAAGGGAAAGCAGGAUUGUUUCCUUCAAAUUACGUUGUUAAGUUAUAA